AGGGCGGCGAGAAGAUGGCGGCCAAAGGCGGCAGGAACGGGCUGCUCGACAAGUGGAAGAUCGAUGACAAGCCAGUAAAAAUUGACAAAUGGGAUGGUUCAGCUGUGAAAAAUUCUUUGGACGAUUCUGCCAAAAAGGUUCUCCUGGAGAAAUACAAGUACGUCGAAAAUUUCCGUUUGAUCGACGGCCGCCUCAUCAUCUGCACAAUCUCUUGUCUCUUCGCGAUUGUAGCUUUGAUCUGGGAUUACCUGCACCCUUUUCCUGAAUCCAAACCUGUUCUUGCCUUUUGUGUUGUAUCGUAUUUUGUGAUGAUGGGAAUCCUGACUAUCUAUACCUCAUACAAAGAAAAGAGUAUUUUCCUCGUAGCUCACAGAAAAGACCCCGCGGGGAUGGACCCCGACGACGUUUGGCAGCUCUCCUCCAGUCUCAAACGGUUUGAUGAUAAGUACACCCUGAAGCUGACUUUCAUCAGUGGGAAAACCAAACAGCAGAGGGAAGCAGAGUUCACCAAAUCCAUCGCGAAAUUCUUCGAUAACAACGGGACGUUGGUCAUGGAGGCCUACGAGCCGGAGGUGUCCAAGCUGCACGAUAGUCUGGCCCUGGAGAGGAAAACAAAAUGAUUUCAGACGCCGCCGGCCUCCUGGGAACGUGCUAAAUUAACACCAAUAAAGUAAAAUAGCAAAGAAAGUGAAUCAUUGCCUCUGUUUUUGUCCUGAAAUCCUAUUCCAUGGUGGAUCGGCGGGAUUUUUAAUCUUGGAUCCAAGAUUUUUGAAGCUACAGAAAGCCUUGGUCUGGGUGCCUGCCUUUCUGGUUCUGCCACCUCUGGGGCGAGCCAUGGAGGAGGAUUUGCCCCUGGGGACCCUCGGGAGGGGAGCCUUGUCACCCAUUCCUCCCGUUUUACCUGGCAGUGCUUUAUCAAACAGCU